CUUUUUACUCAUGAGAGAAUUCUGGCUGGCAGGCCAGGGCAAUAGCUAAUUAGUUAGCUAAUAUUCGACGACAGGCUUUACCAGGUCAAUAGGGCCUGGCAACAACAUUUAUACAUUUCUUACUCACAUAGAACAAAGCGGCGUGCAAGUAGAUCUUGAUCGCAAACGUUUGCACGUCUUGAAUGCAGUUAUUAUUGCAUCUAGGUAGUUUCUUUUAGCUCUGCGCUACAGAAAGUGCAGCAGCGGGAGACACCAGGAUUCAGCUGCAGAAAGCCAGCCGCGCGAGCACAGACAAGCAAGCCAUCUAUUACAAAUAAAGAGUUUGUCGAUUGGGGGGGAAAAGCCGCCCAGUUCGUUUGCAGAAUGGCAAGACCUUCUAGGAAUAAAAGGGUUGUUGACUAUGCACAGUUCCAAGAGUCUGAUGAUGCUGAUGAGGAAUAUGAAAAAGAAUCAGACCGACCUGAGAAAAAGGCUGUAAAAGGCAGUGAUGAUUCUCGGCCCAAGGACCGCAAGAAGGAUCUCAGUGAUGAUGACAAUGAUUAUGGAGAGGAUGAGGAAGAUGAUGAUGAUGGUGGUGACAGUGACUUUGAUGCUAAAGAGGCCAGCAGGGGGAGGCAGGUGACAGCUAAACGGAAAAGGGCUGCAGAGGACAGUGAUGAUGAUGGUUGUAAAGUUGUAAAGAAGAAGGGCCGACAGGUGCGUCAGGCAGCCACUAAAGCUGCAUCCAAACAGAGGGAGAUCCUUCUUGGGGAUGGAGGAAGUGAGGAGGGGGAGGAAGAGGAGGAGGAGGAGGAAGAAGACAGUGAUGUUUACACCGGGGAGGACUCCGGUAGUGAUGAAGACUUCAUGGUAGAGGACGAUGACGAUGACAGUGAUUAUGGGCGACCCAAACGGAAGAUCUCAAAAGUGACCAGGAGAAGCAAAGACAAGAAAUCGCCUAAACCCAGGAUAAAGGCUUCAGCAACCCGAGGGCCCAAAAAGAAGAGAGGGAAACGUCAGACAAAGGUGAAGAGAGUUGUGAAGAAGGCCUCGCCUAAAGAUGAUGAUGAGUAUAUUGAGAGCAACAAGGAGCAGGAGGAAGAGGGCCAGGAUGAAGACAAGGAGUCACCCGCCCCCAAGAAGAAAAAGGAUGACGAAAGUGGUGCGGAAGAAAACAAUAGUGACGAAGAAAAGGAGAAAGAGAAAGAGAAUGAUAAUGGCAAAGAUAACGACAAAGAGGAAAAGGACGAUGUUUCUGAGGAGGAGGCUCCAUCAGGUGAAGACUAAAGUCUUUUACCUGUUGGUGAAAAUGUCUAUUAUCGGUCUGUUUUUCUUAAGGAUCAGUAGAGUUUGUUUCCCACAAUACUCAGUGUUUUGGAUGUUUGUUUAUGUCUCUUAGCUUGUAAAUACCAUAUCUCAAAAGAAAUCUGUUAAGUAUCAUCAGACCUACCCUAAAUGGUUUAUCUUAAUCUUAAACAAAGGAUUUUCUUCAGCCUAAAUGCGGUCUUUCGUAAUUAUUUUUAUAAAAUUUUCAAAUAUAGCUUUUUGCGGCGGGUUUUGUUACAGUUGACCAGUUUUUAAACAAAGUAGGAAAAAAGAUUGUCAAAUUCGCCCCCCCAAAAAAUACAGAUUAUACUGUAUGGAUUAUCUUAAUUUUGAACAUGGGAUUUCCUUCGCCCUAAAUGCGUUCUUUUGUAUUAAUGUUUAUUGAUGUUUCAAUUAUAGUUUUGGUUUCUUUUUUCAGGAAUCAUUUUGGUAUAGUUGACCUUAAAUCUGUAACAGGAAAAAGAUUGUUAAAGCCACCCAAAAGCUACAGAUUUUACUAUUGGCUAAUCUGUAUUUCACAAUAAAAGGCACCUUACAUUUAAAAAAAUGCAUUUAAAAGAAAGUAACUGCUUGUUUACUCUCAAAUAAACCAACCCCCUGACUUACUUAAAUGUACAUGAUCUCAUCCCUGCUGCAUUGACAGGUGCAAACACGGACUUAUAAUGAACAUACGCUUGAUAUCAUGAACAGCACUGGAUUUUGUGCAGUUCAUUCACGUGAUGUGUCCUUCGACCUGUCUGCAUUGCUACAUAAAGUGUAAGUUACGUAGUUAUAAAGUAUGCUACUUUCUCCAAUUUUUGUGCAGUUAAUUCUCGAGUCUAGUAAAUCAACUUUUUGCUUCUGAGCAUUUGAACUAAAAGAUGACUCUUUCUAUGGUUGUAUUGAAUCUCUUUCAUGGGUGGCAUGCUUUCAUGUAUGUGGUGUGUAAUGUUCAGGCGACAGGUAUGUUGGUAGGUGGAGUCUCAGCCAGCUGGGUGGGGCCCUGUCAAAUUAGUGACAAAUUUUGAGAAUGAGUGAUGUCAGAAGUGAGCUAGUGAAGACCUUAUUAUUGACCUCUGUGAUGCUUCAUGUGUGCAUUUUUUAAAGAAUAUUUUGAUGCUUAUAGAUGCCUUUUUAAAUGAGCGGUUUGUUAAGCCAUUAGAAGGGUAAAACAACCUGAUUUCAAUGCACACCAUCCAUAGCAUUCUCAGCUUCAUAUGUAUCUCCAUCCUAAUCUGUAGCCUUUCAGUCUAUAUCAUAAUUUAUCCAAAAAUACAUGUUUUAAUUACGCUAUUCUGAUUUUUGUAAAAUCUGUUUUACAAGGAAAAAAUAAAAUGUAUC